AGGACAGCACUUACUCAACUAACACUCAACAACGCAAUAUUUAGCGGUAUAAUAUUUGGAUGUGGUUUGAUGGCUGAUGGUGUACGAUUUGUCCAUUUGUAAUAUUUUAUAUCUUAAAGACAAUUUCUCGAGCUAUUGCAAAAUACAUCACGUAAAAAUUUCUCGAGUGACGUCCGUGUAAACUUAUCUACCAAAAUGGGUAGAACAAGAGGAUCUCAGAGUAAUAUGAGAGAGAGCCAAGAUCUUUUUUUAUCCCAGGACCUUCCUGGCCCAAGCAGCCAGGGCAGUGUGUCGUCGCAACGACGUACUAGAAAUUCAACCCUCACAAGCUCACAGAUUAUGAAAUCUAAUAUAAGGGAAAAGGAUAUGCAAUUGAUUAAUAGCAUAAUAAGAUACCUCUUUGUGGCAGAUCACAACAAGCUACCUAUACAAAAAUCGCAUAUCAUCAAAAAUGUUCUAGAUGGAAAUCGCAAAAUUUUUCGUUCGAUAAUGGAGAACGUAAGCGAGCAAUUGUCUGAGGUAUUUGGAUAUAAUCUUAUAGAAGUUGAAAGUAACAAAUACUUAUUAGUAAAUGAAGUAGAAAAUCAACUUCCACAUCUCACCUUCGAAGAUGGCCAUAAACAGGUGCUGUUGUAUCUUAUACUUGUACAUAUUUUCAUGUUUGGCGAAUCGUGCAAAGAAGAAAUACUGUGGGACUUUCUUCGACACCUAGGUAUUAUAACUGAAAAUAAUUUUCAACAUGAAUAUUUUGGCGAUGUUCAUCAUUUGGUGACAGUAGAGUUUGUAAAUCAGAGAUACCUUGACAAAACACUAAUAGAUAGGAAUGAUCCAACAAAAUUCAAAUAUGCAUGGGGAUCUCGAGCGCAAAAUGAGCUUACUUAUCGUUCGGCUUUACAAUUUGUGGCAGAUAUAUACGGUUGUCCCAUAAAUAAAUGGAAAUUGCAAUAUAAAGCUGUACUUGAAGAUGAAGCAUGAAACGGAAACGAAAUAAUUUGUCUAUUUUUAACGUGUGAUAAAGAAACUACAAAUGUAUAGAGAUCUUAUCUUUUCUUAUUUUUACAGUACAAAGGUUAAAAAAAAAGCUUUCUUUUAUAUCAAAUGGUAUAUAUUAUAAAAAAUAUAACAGUAUCUUCAUUUAGAAUUUAAUUUAAAAGUUUUAAUUCAAAAAAGUUUUAUUUCUCUAUAUGUAAUUUUAUAUUUUAUCCCUUCGUUGAAAAACUCGGGUGUGAUAAAAGAAUAAUAUAUAUUUUUAAA